UCAGCAUCCGCGCGCUGGAGCUAGAGAUUCAGAUGAGAGGGAAUGUUCCCUCACGCCUGUGGGUGGAUCGAAAGAAAACAUCUGUCAUCAACCAUCCGUCUACAGCUUGUCGCGUUUUGCGCGAAUUUCGAGAAAUGUGCAGCUACUAAGUUGGUAACCGCUGAUCAGAUUGUCUCUUAUGACUCCAACUCGGACGAGAAGAGGAUGGCGCCGGUCGAGCUGAUGAUCAUGGCGUAAGUGUCCGCGGGUGAUCCGGUGACUGUCGAAGCGAUGACUUAACGUGGGUGACACGAAUACAGUCAGCUCGUAGACGAGUUGGCAGUAGAUCGGUUGUGCCAGGUCGGAGAGAAGGAGAGUGCGUAUCCCCGCGCGAUCGUUACGUCGUGCGUAAUCUUUUUCCGUUACAAGGAUUUGCGCGGAAUAACGAGAGAACAUGUGGAAUGUAGUGCUGUUGUUCCUCGGACUAAUGAAGGCUGUCUCGUACGUUGAUGGAAGCGGUACCACCGCAGAUGAGAAAUCAGUUCCUUUGGUGAACAUCAGCGUAGUUGAAGGAAGGCCUGCCGAAUUGCCGUGUGACAUAACUCCCCCUGGUGAAGACACGCUGCACAUGGUUUUCUGGUUUAAAGACGAAGCUGGAGUACCGCUGUAUACAAUCGAUGCGCGAGAGAAGCCAGUGACGAAGGCACACCACUCAUCGGAUUCCGGCGUUUUUGGUCCACGCGCCUUUUUCCGAACAUCUUUUCCAAGCCCGGCGGUUCUGGUGAUCGAUGAUAUAAAGCGGCACGAUGCGGCGACGUACAGGUGUAGAGUGGAUUUCCGGAAAGGCCAGACGCGCAGCUUCCGGUAUAAUUUGACCGUGAUCGUUCCACCAGAGCAGCCAACCAUUUUGGAUCGAUGGGGCCGCAUCUUGAACGGCACAGCUGGCCCUUAUGAGGAAGGCGAUACACCCUAUCUCACGUGUCGCGUCACGGGUGGUAAGCCGCAACCAAUGGUUAGAUGGCUCAUAAACGGCCGGGUGAAAGAUGAAGAAUACGAAAAUAAUGCUGGAGACGUAAUCGAGAAUAGAUUAACGCUGCAGCCCAUCAGCCGCUCUGACCUUGGCUCAAAUUUUACCUGCGAAGCGCGCAACACAGACUUGGUGGAUUCAAAAGAGGCAUCGAUUUCUCUGGAUCUCAACUUGAAACCUCUGUCUGUGAUCAUAAGAAGACCGGGUAGAAAAGGGAUCGGCAAUGAUUCUCUUCUGGCGGGGAAACGGUACGACAUGGAAUGCGAGACCACUGGUUCAAGGCCACCCGCGGUGAUAACCUGGUACAAGGGUCGGAGAAGACAGCUGAAGCACACGACGGAGGAAAGAUCCGAGAAUCGAACCGUCAGCACGGUGGAGUUCGAGCCGGGUGUGGAGGAUCAUGGGAAAUCUAUCACCUGCCGAGCAGAGAAUCCAAACGUGACCGGACUCUUCGUCGAAAAGUCCUGGAAGAUCGACGUCGUAUAUCCGCCGAUAGUAUCGUUAAACCUCGGAUCGACCUUAAGCCCAGAGGACAUUAAAGAAGGGGAUGACGUGUACUUCGAGUGCCAUAUUAGAGCCAACCCACCCUGGUCCAAGCUCGUCUGGAUACACGACAAUCAAAUCCUGGCCCAUAACACGUCGGCGAGGAUUAUCUGGUCGAAUCAGAGUCUCGUCUUGCAAAGUGUAACAAGAAGCAGUGCUGGCCGCUAUGUUUGCGCAGCAACGAAUGCUCUAAACGAGACGCGCAGCGAACCAUUGCACUUUCGAGUUAAAUUCGCACCGGUGUGUAAGGAGGACCGAAUUAUAGUGGUCGGUGCAUCACGGGGCGAGUCGCUCGACAUCGCCUGUAGGGUUGAGGCCGAUCCACCAGCGCACAAUUUCCGGUGGAAAUUCAACAACAGUGGCGAGACCCUGGAGGUAGCACCUGGUAGGUUCUCCAUGGAGAAGUCGAGCGGCGUCAGCGUGCUGAGAUAUACACCGUCCACCGAGCUGGAUUAUGGUACCCUUUCGUGCUGGGCGGACAAUCUCGUCGGUACCCAGUCGAGGCCGUGUCUUUUUCAGCUGGUAGCAGCCGGGAAACCGUUUCCUGUGCGCAACUGCACCCUGGCGAACCAGACAUAUACCAGCGUGGAGGUGAAAUGCGUGCCUGGAUACGACGGUGGACUGCCGCAAAAAUUCGUCCUGGAGGUUUAUCACGGCGAUGUCGACUACCUAGCCAAUAGCCAGCCCCUCUACAAUGUUUCCAACCCGGACGAGCCAUCCUUCGCUCUCGCUGGAUUGGAGGCCUCGGUGGAGGCUGGAGUCCACGUGGCGGUUUACGCGGUAAACGCCAAGGGUCGAAGUCAACCCGUUAUCCUCAGUGAGGUCACGUAUCGAGAUGCCGAGAAGCGUACUGGUAAGUAA